GGUUCCAACAUGCAACGAUCUCUUCAGAUCUUCUGCAUCAUGUCCGCCAUCGCAAUGGCAUACAGUCAAGGUAGUCGUGACGAUAAUCAGAGUGCAAAGCGCAACGAUUUCUCCCGUGACAUCAUGUCAUUUGGAAAGAGGUCUGGAAACACAGCCGACUUGUAUGAUCGGAGAAUUAUGGCUUUUGGAAAGAGACAACCAAGUUACGACAGAGACAUCAUGUCAUUCGGCAAACGAUCGGCUCCCAGCGACUUCUCGCGAGACAUCAUGAGCUUCGGAAAGCGAUCCUCCUCUAUGUACGACCGUGACAUCAUGUCAUUCGGCAAACGUUCACCCGUCGACUACGAUCGUCCGAUUAUGGCAUUCGGAAAGCGGGCCGAGGACUACGAACGUCAGAUCAUGGCCUUCGGACGGCGCAAGUAAACCAUUUGGUUGAUGACAAUUGGGCACCCUUCAUCUUGUGUAUAAUACUCGUUUAAGACUCAUUUUAAAGCGUAAUUUGAUUUUUUUUUCAUCUCAUUUGAAAUAAGAAAAUUGUGUUGUUUCACCCCCUUCAUCCCAUUCAACAAGCGUUCAGUUUAUUCGGAUCUUUGUCUAUUUCUUCUCUUGCCAAUUCUCUAUGCUUCCCUACUUAUGAUCUCAUCAUUCAUUUCAACCUCCCCCCAAAAAAACCUCUCAUCCCCACCUUUUUCUUAUGUGCGUGCGCAGACGGACGAAAAAAAAUGAAGUUGAAUGUUAGACCAUGUU